GGCUGGAGCAUGAUCUGUGGUCGAGACGGACGGAGACAGAGGGCUGACUGAGUGGCAGGAUGGGAGAGAUGGGUAAGAGGAGGAAAGGGGGGGGGUGUUAGCCUUCCAGCUAUCAGUACCAGUAGGAGGAGAAGAGAGAGUUUAAAGGGAAAGGGGGAGGAAAAACAUGAGAGUGAAGGAGGUAGAGCAGAGACAGCCUGCCUGCUUGGAUUUGAAGGGGAAGGAAGGAAGGAAGAGAGGCAGCUCGCUUAGAAAGGACGGUGAAUGUUUGCAGUCUGAGAAGGCCGCGGCAACACUGUGACUUAAGUGUCACUGUAAGGACACUAAGGUAAGAUGUCAUGGCGUCCGACCUACCGAAGCUCCAAGUUUCGAAAUGUCUACGGAAAAGUGGGCAACCGGGAACACUGCUUCGACGGUGUCCCCAUUACCAAGAACGUCCAUGACAACCACUUCUGUGCCGUCAACUCCACAUUCCUGGCAGUUGUCACCGAGAGUGCCGGCGGGGGCUCUUUCAUUGUUAUACCUGUUUCCCAGGUUGGCCGCCUGGACUCUCAUUACCCAAAAGUGUGUGGCCACCAAGGCAAUGUACUGGACAUCAAGUGGAAUCCCUUCUUUGAAAACAUCAUAGCAUCCUGCUCUGAGGACACCUCGGUGCGAGUAUGGGAGAUCCCAGAGGGCGGUUUGAGGCGCAACAUGACUGAGGCGGUGCUGGAGCUGUACGGCCACAGCAGACGGGUGGGUGUGAUCGAGUGGCACCCCACCAGCAGCGCCAUCCUCUUCAGCGCUGGCUACGACUACAAGGUCCUGAUCUGGAACUUGGAGAUUGGAGAACCGGUAAAAAUGAUCGACUGCCACACUGACGUCAUUCUCAGCAUGUCCUUCAACACAGACGGCAGCCUGCUGGCCACCAGCUGCAAAGACAAGAAGCUGCGUGUCAUUGAGCCGCGCUCCGGGGCAGUCCUUCAGCAAGCCAGCUGUAAGAACCACCGUGUAAACCGAGUGGUGUUCCUGGGCAACAUGAAGCGGCUGCUCACCACAGGGUUUUCACGCUGGAACACCCGGCAGAUCGCUCUCUGGGAUCAGGAGGAUUUGUCCAUGCCAAUUAUUGAGGAGGACAUAGACGGCCUCUCAGGACUGUUGUUUCCCUUCUAUGAUGCUGACACACACAUGUUGUACCUGGCAGGCAAGGGGGACGGUAACAUCCGCUACUUUGAGAUUACCACUGAGAAGCCGUUCUUACAAUACCUAAUGGAGUUCAGGUCCCCGACUCCACAGAAAGGACUCGGUGUGAUGCCAAAGCACGGGCUGGAUGUGGGAGCUUGCGAGGUGUACCGCUUCUACAAGCUCGUCACCCUGAAGGGUUUGAUCGAGCCUAUCUCGAUGAUUGUGCCUAGAAGGUCAGACACAUACCAAGAGGACCUCUACCCCAUGACAGCAGGAACCGAACCUGCGCUGUCCGCCAGUGAAUGGCUGAGCGGCAUUAACAAAGACCCAGUCUUGAUGUCCCUGAAGGAGGGUUACCAACGGCCAAACCAGUUAGUGUUCAAAGCCCCAGUGAAGGAAAAGAAGAGUGUAUUAGUGAAUGGGAUCGAUCUGCUGGAGAACGUACCGCCCCGGACAGAGAACGAGCUGCUGCGGAUGUUCUUCCGGCAGCAGGAGGAAUUGCGGCGGCUGAAGGAGGAGCUGACCACCAAGGACGUGCGAAUACGCCAGCUGGAGCUGGAGCUCAACAACCUGAAGAACGUUAGCCCCAACAAUGUCUGACCUCUCAGCCUGCUGGACUGGCAAAGCUGCUUCCUUUGCCCCCAAUUCUGACCUCCAACAAGCUUCUGAGCCCUCCUACGCCUCUUUUUUGAUAUUAUCAUAACUUCACCCCAGCUGCUCUGCAUAGUCCACACAACAAUAUGAUAGGUGUUGGAUGAUCUCUUUACUGGCCCAAUUACGGGAAUAUUAUAAGAAUUACAAAUAUGAUAAGUAAUAAAGACAAGGCAGUGUUCAUGGAUUUCCACCUUAAAACUUAAGGUUUGAGAUCCAAUCCAUUUAGGUAUUAUCUGUUUUUACAACGUAUUUUUAUCUAGCACACCUUAAGUGUUACGAUGAGUUAAUGCAUAUUUCCUGCCAGACCUCCUGAGUGUUUGUCUCACUGUGCCUACCCAAUCAUUCACCUCGCAAUACCUUGAUCAACACGCAAAGAAAAAACAACCUUACACUCAUAACUCAUACAACCCCCUAUAAAGACCAAACCACCAUGUUCUGCUAAGGCAAAACUGGAGGAUAAAAAGACACUGGCUCCUAUGUUCGUUCCCCAAAGCCUUACACCCUGCUGCAGACACAGUUUCUGCAACAUCAUCUCAAAAUGGCUGACAUGUGAAGUACUACUGCACUUGACAGAUGAGACGAGCAGACACGGAUCAUGGUAUUCACACAGCUGCUAAUCCCAUAGCUUCUUUACUCACCUUCAGAUGUUGCUGGCUAUAGAUUGACUUAACAACACUGACAUAUAACUACCCAAAAUGCAGUCUUUCUUUCCAAGGAUAGUGGGUAGUUCCCUCACUUUAAGUGUUUUAUUCUUUAUUUAAAUAGUGGGAAUGCAGCAGGGGAGACAUGGAUCCAGAGGGUGACUUGCAUUACUCGAAUAUGGUUUCAAGGGAAGUUUGGCUGGCUGUCAUUGGAUUUUAGGGCUAAUUUUAAGGAUGUUGAGGGGGGGGGGGGGGGUUAACGUACAUGUGCUUCUAUUUAUUUGUCACAACAUGUUUAGCUAAUGACAUGUAUAUGUUUUAAUCCCAUUGUUUUUGUAUGAUGUGGCUGCGCAAUUAAUGAUUGUGAUGCGUGAUAGAUUAUGCUGAAUGUUUCCGAUUGAAAAGGUGCAAGAUUUGUGUGAAACUGUACCUCAUAUGGUAUGAAGUUGACUUUGACUCCCUCAAUUUAACUUCAGAUAAGGUAUGAAAGUAUAAUGGCCUUUUCAUAACAGUACGGAAAACUGUAAUAAUAACCAUCCUUUUACAUUUAAACUAAGUAUAUCAACAUUAGUGAGAUGUGUUUACUUGUAAAUGUGUAAUUUUGCUCUGGAGACUCCAGGUAAUCUGCCUCUCCUUCUCCAUGUGUACCAUCAACAGACUUAAGGUAAAGUGCAGUUUAAAUAUCUUGUCAACAUUUAACAGUUAUUAUAAGGGGAUUAACACAUGAUUGGCUCUAUUAUACAAGGAAGGUUCAAGCAGUUUCAAAAAAGGAUUGUGCUAUAAACUGCCUAUCCAGGCCCAAUCACAUUCAGCCUGGUUUGAAUACUGAUUCUGCUCUUGAUGAAAAAGGAGAAAAAAAAUGAAUCAGCUGCGUGCAUAGCACGAAUAAAAUUUGUACCCAGAGUAAGUAAAAACUAAGUGAAGGUCACAAGUUGUCCCUGAUCACAUCAUAUUGGGGACAUAAACCUCACAGCUUAUGUUAAAACCAUCAAAAUAUUUAUAUAUAAAUCCUUUAAAAAUGUAGAUCUUAAACAGCUACACAUCAAUGGCAUAUGUGGAUGUUUCUUGCAGGAAAAAUAAAAGGCUACAGUGAAAGUAGACAGUGGGGAAAUGAUCUACCAGAGAGCGAGUGGAGAGACAGGUGAAGUUGGGCUGGAGUUGUUAUGUCAGGCCUUUUGGUGAAGGUGUACAGAGGACUAAACGCUACCAGUUAACUGGUCAUUUGUAAAGGUAAGAUAACAGUACGGAAAGGCGUUUAUGCUCAAUAUGAACAACUCUCUUUAUACAGUUGUUGGAUGCCAUUUUGGCUUAGAGAAGUGUUAACAUGGCAGUUCCUCCAUAUUUUUUCGGUCUGCUGAAAAAUGCAUCGUAGAUCAGUUUUCCAUCAUCCUCGAUACCUGUUGACCUAAAACUUGAAUCCUGUAUACACUUUUCCAUUUGACUUGACUGUGAUGAACAAAGACCACAAACUUCAAAACAUGUAUAAAAGGGAUUUAUUGAAGUGAAUGGGAGGGGAAAAAUAAACAAUUUGGCUGAUGACAGUGGAUUUAACAAAUGGUGAAAAAUCACUGAGGUAGGCCAAUUUGACCAGUACGUAUAAUAGUGAAAAGAAAGUCCAAAUACCUGACUGUUUUCCAGAGUUUACACUUUGAAACAAUACAUUUUCAAUGCACAUAAGUUGCGGUUUUAACCUCCAUUUAUAUCUUUUUUUCUUUAUUUAAGUAUUUCUCUACACUACCACCACAAAUUCAAACAUUGCCACCUGUGUGUCACAGAAAAGAAAAUGGAAAAAGCGAUAAUGAGUUCUGAUGUUGAACAUUUCUCUUUAUGGAAAGAUUAUGCAUACAAAGUUAUGUUCAAAUUCAAGAAAUUUCACACUGCGUAUUUUAGAUAAAGCAGCAUACAUAUUUAAUAUCUUAUUACAAUUCAUAGUUUCAACUCAGCCGUCUGUUUAAUGUCUGCCGUCAUCAAAGAGAAUACAAAAAAAUAGAUUUGGUCAUUAUUUACAAGAACACGUAAUUUCCGAACUAUCAAAGCUGAGGGUUUAAGGAGGAGGAGCAGCUUUGACAAGGGCAGACAUUUUUUUCUAUGAUUUAAAAAUAUGCCCUGCGAGUGUCACACUGUGCAUGUAGAGACAGAAGUUUCACACCAGGACAGCAGAGAGUAUUGGCAUACUGGUGACACUACAAAUACAUAACUUACAU